AUGGCCUUCGGUCGCUCCAACUCGCUGAGCAUUAACACCGGCGCGACCAACUCUCUCUUCAACACGAAGCCGGUAUUCGAGGAGCGUACUGCAAACAGGCACCAUCUUGUCACAUCAACACAUCCUCUACAACCACAGCAAGAACCAAAAGAAAGAAUGCCUCCAGUUCCUCGCCCGGCCUCUGCGGCUGCCCCUACGCUUAUUAGCAUGACACGAGUUCCUACUCCGGCCUCUGCGGCCGAUACCACCCCAGUCAGCACGACACCAGUCCCUCGGCCAGCCUCUGCGGCCGCUCCUACUCCCAUCAGCAUGACACCACCUGUACUAACGCAAGCUCCAAGCAACACGCAACAGAAUCAAACAUCGCAGCCACCAGCGCCUUCCGGAGGUCUUUUCGGUAGCAACAACACGGCAACUUCGCAGCCACAGCAGACCGGAGGAGGAUUGUUUGGAGGUGGGAACACAACGUCGCAACCGCAGCAGCAGGGUGGCUUGUUCGGCAGGGUUGGGACGUCGCAACCACAACAGUCGGGAGGACUCUUCGGUGGAGGUGCAGCAACAUCACAACCUCAGCAGUCUGGUGGUCUAUUUGGGAACACGAACACCUCGCAGCCUCAGCAAUCAGGGGGUCUCUUCGGCGGCGGCGCGACUUCUCAACCCCAGCAAUCUGGCGGCUUGUUUGGCAAUACUGCAACCUCGCAGCCACAGCAGUCUGGAGGGCUGUUCGGCAAUACUGCAACUUCCCAACCACAGCAGUCUGGAGGCCUCUUCGGAAACACUACUACCUCGCAGCCGCAGCAAUCAGGCGGUCUCUUCGGUAACACCACCAACAACACUCAGCAAAACACCGGCGGAGGUCUCUUCGGCGCAAGCACCGCCAACCGAACAGGCGGCGGCCUCUUCGGCGCAUCCACCACGAACAAUGCACCCAACAACAACACUUCCUCCCUCUUCGGCGGCGGGGGCAACAGCCUCUUCGGCGGCGCCUCCACCCAACAACCCCAACAACAACAGCAACAGCAAAACCAACCCUCCAACACCUUCCUCGGCAUGACCGCCACCGCCCCACAAUUCAACCAGCCCUCCCUCCUCGGCGCCCCCCAGUACCGCCAAUCCCAAACCAACCCCUUCCAAGGCCGCCUCACCCUCGGCCAAUCCGGCUCCAACACCACCACCGUCGGCGGCGGCGCCCAGUCGCAAGGCGGUCAGGGGGCUGUGCAAGUCAACUACGAUAACCUGAAAUCCACUACCCGCUUCUCCGACCUCGUGCCGGAGGUGCAGCAGACCCUUGAGCGGAUCGAUGCGAUGAUCCAGGCCCAGGAGCGCUUUGCGCGGCAGAUCGAGGCUUUUGUCCCGAAACAUGGACAAGAUGUGGAAAGCCUGAAACCGGACGUCGAACUAGUCAGCGAGAAGAACGAAGCCAUCGAAACCGCCCUCUCCCUCGACGCCCGCGGGGUCGAAGGCGAGAAGGGGACCCUACAAAAGGACAUCUCCGACGGCGAGCGCCUGCAGCGCGUGAUCGACAACCUCCGCCAACCGCCGCAAUUCCACUCUCGUGGCGGGGACCCUGGUGGUCGGGACCUCGACCUCAUCGGAAACUUCUUCAACCCGCUUGCGGGAAACAUGUCCGGUGCGAUCGAUACCUACGGCGCUACUAUCGCAGAGGUUGAGGCGCAUAUGCAUAUUCUGGAGCAGAGUGCGAUGGCUAGUGGUGGUAGUGGGGCUAGGGGUGGUGGGAUCGGAGGCGGGUUCAGCAGUGUGAGGGAGCUGGCGGAGACGCUGGGGGCGUUUGAGGAGGGGAUUUUGGGGGCGGCGGGGGUGGUGGGGCAGUGUCGGGAGGGGGUUAAUGAGUUGGUGUUGGGGGGGAGGGGGAGGCUUUGA